GCUACCGCCAGGCUGCUGCCUGAAAGAAAGAAAGCAACGCAGCGAAACAAGGCUGAGAGAGGGCAGCAUGGCGGGUCUACACGACUUCCACCAGGGCAGCCACUGUCACAGGAAAACGUGGAUCAAUAUACUAUUAGGAGUACUACAAAUACUUCUACCUAUUAUCCACCACGGAGGAGCUCAGCUGCAAGCUCUGAGUCAGAUGUCCACCAGUGUGGUUGAGGUCUGGCAACCAGAGGAGGCAGACCCAUUUGUCCCACUUCAGGUGGAGAAGGAGCAAAGAAAAGACGGUCUUCCACUAGAAGACAGCUCCUCUCCAUUUACACAAGAUGAUGGGAAGCUUCUGCAUAUUCAGCCCCCAGUGUUGGACUUUGGGACACAGCCGCUGGGGUUACCAGGAGCUGAAACCAUAUACAUACACAACCCCAGUCAAGAAGUUCCUGUGACCCUGCUGUCGAUGUUUACAUCCAGCAGGCAUUUUUACGUACCUUCCUUUCAUAGGAGAGUUAUCCCACCAAAAGGGAAGGCAUCUUUUAAACUAAUUUUCCUCCCAUCCGAGGAGGGCAGUGUAGAAAACACAUUAUUUAUAAACACAUCAGCCCAUGGGCUGAUCUCAUACCAGGUUUUUGGUGUGGGAAGGCAUCAAGCGUCACUAAAAUCUCAUAGAAAGGAUGGUCUUCUAAUAUUUCCUCACAUCCAGAGCAUUAAGCUGACCCAAACUCAGGAAGAUGCCUCCAACAUCACUAUUCUGGGUCUACUCCUGGAAUGCAGCUUUUCGAAGAGUUUACAAAGCAACCCUCAGGGGUCCUGCCUCCAGAACGAGGAGCGCCUCAGUCUGCAGAUUAAUCUGUCGGCUCGUGGUGACCAGCCUGCUGACCUGGACAAACUCAAGCCGUACAUCAUCGAGCACAUUUUGUUUGUGCUGAUCGCUCCUAACGUUGGACCGGCUUCACAUGCAGAUGCAAAAAUAGAAGUUUAUAUGUUAAAUUCUGGAGGGAAGAAGCUCUACGUAAAGGACAUGCAGGUGUUAUCAAAAGUGGAAGCCAGCCUAAACUUUAAUCAGGUUCUUCUUAAACCAGAAUCAAAAAACUUCACUCAAGUGGCCACUUUAGCAUGCAAAAGUUCAUUGCCAGAUCAUGGACAGAAAUGUACGAGUCAUAUCACUUUAAAAAUAAUGGAAAACAGGACAGCGUACAGCUUUCCUGGACUGCAUAUCAAACACAGAUGGACUGUUGGGGAUCUGUUCAGUCUUUUUCAGGUGAGACAAAACAACACCAACCAGGUGGACCUGUGGUUCUCCAACCCUUUCCCCCUGCCUCUCACUGUGAGGAAUGCCAGCCUCUCAGAGAAGCUCCAGGCUGUAGUGAAGGUUAUGAACUUCAGCAGUCCACUGAUGGUUCGUCAAGGCUGCUGGCGCAUCUUAUCCCUUCAGUUGCUCAACAAGGCUCUGCCCAUGAACCAGAUGUUGACUCUGAGUCUAGAUACCAGUUUGGGCGCAUCGCUGCACAUUCCUCUAUACUUCCAUCCUUCCCCUUUGUCUUCCGAGGUUGACGUGGUGUUUGAGGCUCAGCAAGAGUGUGGACAUCAUUGUCCUCUUAGGUUAUCUGUAGCAGGUCAUUUGGAGUGGCAGCGCUCACUUCUCCCAGAUUCUUUCACCUCAUCUUGGGCUGUAGAUAGCAAACUGGCUGCAGAGCUCUGCUCUCGAUGGCAAACUACCAAAGAUAAAGUGUCUUGCAGGUGGCCCAGGCUUCCUGCCGAAGCCUCGUCUACUUUAGACUUUGGUGCCACUCCUGUCAAUGAGAGCAAAGUGAAGACAUUCAUGCUGAAGAAUCCUACAUCAUCUGUGGUUUCUGUAGAGAUUCGAAUCCUCUCCCUUUACCCUUCUCCCCUUGAGGCUCUGGACCUUCUAACCAAAUGGUUUAAUAUCAGCUCCUUCUCUGUCAACAUUAGCACAACAGAGUUUUCUCUGUUGGCUUCUCCUCACAAGGCCGGUGAAAAUGUAGCAGCGUCAGGAGAAGGCGUCCUGCAUCUGCUGCUCCAACCCUGGGAGAGCAGAGAGGUUGCUGUGGCCUUCACCCCCUCUGCACACAAACCUGUUACCACCAUUCUAAUAAUCAGGAACAACUUGACAGUGUUCGACAUGAUGACUGUCCAAGGCUACGGGGCCAAAGAGCUGCUGAGAGUUGGAGGGAAACUUCCCGGCCCCGGAACAUCCCUGCGCUUCAAUGUUCCUCAGUCGACUUUAAUGGAAUGUCGUGAUGGUCUGCGCACCAGUAAGCCUUUGUUUGCCAUUAGAAAGAGUUUUAAGGUGGAGAAUGCAGGAGAGCUUCCUCUGACUGUCAUGUCCAUGAACAUAAAUGGUUACAAGUGUCAGGGAUUUGGCUUUGAGGUGCUGCAGUGUCGUUCCUUCAGCAUCGAGCGCAACACUUCCUCUGAGAUCACCAUUGCGUUCACUCCAGACUUCACUUCAUCCUGGGUGAUUCGGGACCUCACCCUGGUGACAUCACGCGGCACCGCUUUCCCCUUUACUCUGAACGUAACGUUGCCCCACCACAUGUUACCACUCUGUGCUCAGGUGGUUCCCGGCCCCAGCUGGGAGGAAACCUUUUGGAUCUUCACCCUCAUUUUUACAUGCUUCUCCUUGGUGGGUGUGUGUCUGAUGGCCUUCCAUCAGGCGCAGUACAUCCUCACAGAGUUCUCAUCGCCCAGCAUCAGGAGCAAUCACAACCCUGUUCUGUCCCAAGACAACAGCGCAGUCAAUAAUAUCACACCCAAUGGAAUGAAUAAAAUAAAGGGUAGCUGUAAGACGUAUAUGGACACCUGUCACACGUCUGAUAAAAAGGGGCGUGGCUCCUCAUCUUUGGCCAGCCCGGCCCCUCGCUCUCAAUCCUCAAAGAAAGGAUCCUCGACCACUCCUUCUCAACAACAGCAAAAGAAACGCAAAGUUUCGCUCUAUUACACCAAGUACAAGCCCAGCUCAUCCCCAGCUGCAGCUGUGGAUGAAGAGCAGGAUGAUGUGACGCCUGAAAGUCCUGUCACCCCAGACCCCUGCAUCAGCAACCAAACAGCUUACCUCACCGAGCUGAAUAAAAACACAUCCACGGACUGUAAAGAAGACCUUCAGGGCACGGUUGAAGAUGGGAUGUCAGCAGCAGCUAUGUUUCCCAUGGAAACGCAUGCUGGUUUCCCUGGUGAUAUCACACUGGGUCCUGGACCCAGACCAGGCUUGUUAAUCUGCAGUCCUGUGGAGAGAAGCUGCUCUGUGCUUCACUCAGACAAGACCAACUCUGAGAAAAGGGACAGUUCUGAGCUGGAGGUGCAAUAUGGAGAAGAUGUCAAAACUCAGAAAAAGAAAGCACUUAAUACAGAAGGUGGCACUGCAACAGAAAAUAAUAAGGGAAAAAGGAGUCGCAGGAAGGCAGAAAAUGUGUUGAGUGCUCCUGAACAAAAAGUUCCAGAGAGGGAGAAAGAGCCUGACUGGAAAACUGGGGGCCGCAACAUAAAUGGAAACCGCAGCAGGAGCCACUGCUGCAAUGGCUUCAAGGCAGACGUGCUAAAACCUGUACAGAACGUAGAGAACCCCCUCAAACAGAAUGGUGUGUGUCCAGCUCGCAGUCGCAGAAAAGUCACAUCAGAUCGGCGUGCAGGGGGCGUGUGCGAGUCAAGUUCGGACUCUGGCAGCUCGUCGGGUAGCGUGAGGGCAAGCAGAGGCAGCUGGGGGAGCUGGAGCAGCGCGAGCAGCAUGGAGGGAGACAAGGAGCACAGCGCUCGAACACACACCGGCUCUACCUCAUCUAGAAAAAGAGACUCCAUGCAGUUCACUGUGUACCCCUCAGAAAGAGACUGCUACCAGACUAUGAAUAAUAAUUACAAGGUUUCAAGCACAAACAGCGUGUACAAUGAAGAGAUGUGCCAAAGCUCAGACCCCACACCUUCCAGUUUUGUCCCAAGUUUUGCCGAUGUUGCUGCAGGAAUGGACAGGAAUAUGGAUCCGACAUGUCAGUAUGUGUCUGAAGACACAUGGUCAGCACCGUCCAUCCCCCUCACCAAUGAGUUCAGAUACAACACGACCGAAGCUCUGCCCUACAUACCUCAACCAGCAGCCAGCGGCUCCUACAACGGGUUCCCUUGGAGCAGUGCCAACAGUCACUGCAACAGUCCGUGCUGCUACGUAGGUAAUGGACAAUUUCUAAGUGCUUUUCCUAAAAAAGAGGGCCACAUGGGACAUGUCAGUCAAAGAAGCUGGACCGAGGAGCAGCCUCAGGAAUCUCCCACAACCUGGAACACUGCAUCCUGCGUGGGCAGCAAGCCAUACUUCUCUGGUACGCGCAGCCUGUCCCCCAUGUCCAGCCUCUUCGGCUCCAUCUGGACGCCCCAGAGCCACUUCCCACCUGAGCGAUCGGCCCCCGUGUCCCCCAUGUCCCCCAUCACACCCAUGACCCCACCUCACUCUCCAUUCAACCGGGAGUCCGAGGGGACCUACAGGCCCAUCCAGUACUCCAACUUCAACCCGUUUGGGCCUCACAUGAAUCUGGACAUAUGGAACUCUUCGUCCAACCGCAGCUCUAACUCACAGCUCUCCAACGACUCCGGCUACUGCGGAGAUGUUUAAAAAAAAAACAAAGAAAGAAAAGCAGAUUGACGAACCUUGGGAAAAAAAUAAAUAAAAGUGAACAUUCUUUUAUCAAUAUUGGGGAAAAUGUGAAUAUUUCUCUUCUUUUAGGUUCCAGUUUUCAGAAAGUAAAUGUUGUGAGAGGUUAAGCAUUUGUUCUAUAUUUUUCUAGAUGUUUUGCAGUUUUGAUC